AUGUGCCCGUGCCCCCUGCACCGCGGCCGCGGCCCCCCAGCCGUGUGCGCCUGCAGCGCGGGCCGCCUGGGUCUGCGCUCCUCCGCCGCGCAGCUCACCGCCGCCCGGCUCAAGGCGCUCGGCGACGAGCUGCACCAGCGCACCAUGUGGCGGCGCCGCGCGCGGAGCCCGAGGGCGCCGGCGCCCGGCGCGCUCCCCACCUACUGGCCCUGGCUGUGCGCGGCCGCGCAGGUGGCGGCGCUGGCGGCCUGGCUGCUCGGCAGGCGGAACUUGUAGGAACGCGGGGCUUCUUGGUGGGGCCAGAGCCGAGACCCAGCCGGAUCGAGCAACAGGUUGGCGAAACCCUGCGUCCUUGGUGGAAGCUGCUUCCCAUUUUCCUGAGGGGGAGCCCAGAGCUUGACAUGCCGCGGUCGGCGCUUGGAGAAGGAAGAGGAAGAUAAAGAGAGCAUCUGGAGCGCAGCGGGACACGGGACGGGACUGGGGACGCCCUUGGGAAGCCCAGCUGCAGAAACAGACACCCCAAUGCUAUUUAUGAUAUAGCUCUAUAUAUACAAAAAAAAAAGAGAGAAAAAAAUAUGAAUAUUCCGUAUCAGUGCAUGCCUUGUCUAGGACGUGGUCCCCUCCCUUUGGACACCUCGGAUGUGAACUCUGAUACUUGGUCAUGUCUGGGGCACCAGAAGACAGAUGCCUGCUUCUGUGUAUCUAGGAAAUUUGCAAAGACUGGUGGGAAUUGGCUUCUGCCUUCACCAAAUACCCCGGGGGGAAAAGAUGAUGAUGGGGUUGGUUAGACAAAGCAAGUGAGGACUUGGGGCCAGUUUUGUAGGGACAGUCUGGGAUACCUCCUUUUCUUGACACGUCCUAGCCUCUCUCUGUCCCUGUCUAGAUAGGUCGCUAAGAUCCCACUGUCACAACCAGAGAAAUGGGAUGUGUUUUCCCCCCCGGCUCCUUGCCAAUCUGGUGUGUCUGGUGCUUUAUAUCCAUUUUGCAGGUGCUAAGUGUGUCCUUUCUGGUAUCUCCAUGAUCUUCUGUAGACAGACCUGGAAGGCCAGGGCACGAGAGAGAUUUCUAUUUUGCUGUUUGGAUUCUUCUUCCCCCCCCCACCCAAAGGCAUGAGUUGUAAAAGUGCCAUCUGAGAGUCUCUUUCUCCAUGUGGGAGCCAAUGCCCAGAGUUGCUUGAGGGCAAAGCCUGGGCUGCAUUCAUGACUGCCUGCUUGGGAGGACAGAAAGCUGGCCUCAGGUGCCACUUGGUGGCUGUCUCUUCCACCCCCACAGAAGUCUCCUAGGAAUUCAGCCCCUGGCCUCCCCCACUCUCUAGGGGGAUUCCAGGGCUUAGAUUUUAUGGAUUUAAGAGCCAAGAAAUGGCGACACUUCUGGUUGGGGGUGAUUUAUAAGCGAGGGACAUUGGGAGAGGGAGUGGGUCAUUUAAAUGACAUGUACCAGCAUCUCACUGACUGUCAGAGGCCUGAUUUCCUUCCCCCCACCCCUGGAUAAGCUAACUAUUUUCAGAAGUUUCUAGAAGGGCUAAAAAAAGAUGUGUGCUGGACUGAGACUUGGCUGCAAAGACUCUUUGGGGAGCCACAAUUCCUUUUGGCUUUUAUUUUUAAAAAAAACAUCCAGCA